ACUCUUUGUUGCGACUUUUAAACGCUUGUGCAACUUUUUUACACCGUCAUUUGCUAAGGUUCGACAGCAGACCGUGUUUUGAAAUCAUAAUGUUUUUAAUGUCAUAGCCCUUCGAUACUCAAAUGUCAGUCACUCGGUGUACUUGUCAAAGGCAGAGCAGCUCUGACAGCUGAGCCGGACGAGGCGCUUUUAUUCCGCGGCUGGCGGCGGCUGAGUGUACUGCGGGCUGCUACAGGCGACGCUUCUGGGACUAGGCAAACUAGGCGGUUAUAAAGCGCCUGUCUGCUGCGAACAGGACAGACAGCCGAUAGCCAGAGCACAGUGAUAACCAUGCUGCUGUGGACCGUACUGGGUGUCUUUGCUGCCUGCGGAUUAUCCGCGGCACGCUCUCCGGCGCUGUGCGUGAACCAGCCGUGCCACCCGCCAAACCGCUGCGAGGACCGAGGGCAGGGAGUGUCCGUGUGUGUGCUGCCCAGCCCGCCCACCUGCGCCGCCACGUCGUGUUUCGUCGGCUUCGAUUGUGUUCUUCAGCAGCAGACGUGUCGGUUCCGGCCCUGCAAGCCGCAGCCGACCUGUAUAAAACAGGGCACCAACCCGUGCGGCCUAUGCAUCGCUCCUAACGAGUUUUGCGAGCUGCAGCCGGCCGACGGCUCGCCUCCCACCUGCCGAUUUGUGGUGGAGCCUCGCUGCGACAACAAGCGCUGUCGCUACGGCGAACAGUGCGAGGAGGAGCCGCUGGUUUGUAUCCGCGCUCCGUGCGCGCUGGACCUCCAGUGUCGCCGCCCGUGCGGUCAGCGCGGUUAGGGCGGGACGGUACUGCCAGCGGCAGCAGAGGAGGGCCACGGUGGCAGCGGAUUUUAGUAGACGGGAGGGAGAUGGGAAAAUGUAGGCGAUAAGAAUCGGCGAUGAUGAGGCAUGCUGCCACGAACUAUGGCUGUUGCUGGGCAUACUGAUGUAACGGCGCUUUUAUGAAUGCGAAUGAAUAAAGUUGUUUCAUCUAA